AUGGCUUCCGUGGGGAAGUCUAACUUGGAAGACUCCCGUCGUGGGACGGGAUCGCCUAAAAUGAAGGCGCGAGAAAACGCGAAAGAUACACUGUGCCGCAAUGUGACUAUCUAUGGCCGAUGCCGCUAUGAAGAUAAAGGAUGCGCUUUCAACCACGAUCCGCAUAGGAACUCAAACCAAAUGGAUAACGCCAACAAGAAGCGUUUCAAUGUCGAUUCCCCCAGUUUCACUCCGUCCUUACUGCCCUCUAAUGGGUCAUCCCCGACACCUUCAAGCUCGUCCCUAAAAAAGGCUUCUACAAUUUCUCCGAAAGCUGCAAAUGCUGCCCCUUUUCAACCUAGAACGGCUACUUCAAGAUCAAAUGCUAGCACUCCUGGGGCUCGACAGGAGGCCGUGCCUCCCGAGUGGUCAGUGGCGGAAGCCCAAGAGUUUAUACCGCAGGGGUUUGAUACUACGCAUAUGUCUCCUCUUCACGGAAAUGGGAACGCUAGUGCCGCCUCAGCCAGUGGCUUUGACCCUUUUGUAACAACUCCGAACCCCCUUGCUGCACCGGGUGCGGUUGGGCCCGUCCAAGCCAAUCCGUUCUCUCAUGAUACGACUGCGACUGCUCUCGGGGGAGCUGCAUUUUACGCCAACCAGACCGGCUUUCAGCAGCCAGUCCAGUAUCAUUUAUACGCUCCGAUUGGCCCUCACAAUCCAAACGCAUUAGCGUAUCAACGCAAUGUGCAUGACCUAUUCCUUCCUAAUGAGAUCAGAGAAGAACUUCAGAAGAAAGCAGCCGCCACUCUGCAGACCUUACCCAAUACUCAAUUACCGGCUCAAGUUGAUUUCUUCCAUUCUCUCGUUCCUCUGGAUCUUAACCAUCAAAAAAACGCGACCACCUUUGGCUACCCCAGCUGGGUUUAUAAAGCGCAGUCCAGCAAGGAUGGGAACUUUUACGCGCUUCGGCGGCUGGAAGGCUUUCGAUUAACGAAUGAAAAAGCCAUCCGGUCCGUUCAAGCCUGGAAGCGCGUUGCUAGCGGAAGUAUGGUGACAGUACACGAUGCCUUCACUAGCCGAAGCUUCCAGGACAGCUCUUUAAUAUUCGUUACUGAUUAUCACCCACUUUCAAAGACACUCGCGGAUCAGCAUCUGAACAUUGGAGCGAGGUUUCAAGGCCGUCAUAACCCACAUGUUCCCGAACAGGUCUUGUGGGGUUACAUAACGCAGAUUGCCAACGCUCUGAAGAACAUCCAUAGUAGUGGUUUAGCUGCGAGGAUUAUUGACGCGAGUAAGAUCCUGCUUACUGGAAGAAACCGCAUACGAUUAAACGCCUGUGCUAUUAUGGAUGUGGUACAAUUCGACACUCAACGAUCUGUCGCUGACCUUCAGCGUCAAGAUUUGGUGAAUUUUGGGCAACUCGUUCUCACACUUGGAGCCAACGCGCCGAACGUCAUGCAUAGUGGCGCAAAGGCUAUGGAACAUUUCACUCGCGCGUACAGCCCACAGCUCAAAACCACCCUUAUGUGGCUGCUUAGUGGAAUGCAGAUAGACCAAGAGCGGAAUAUUGAUAUCUUGAUAACGGGCAUCUCCUCCCAGCUAAUGUCCACCUUCGACUCGGCUCUUCAUUUGGACGACCAGCUCACAUCUGACCUCGGACGGGAGCUCGAAAAUGGGCGCAUUGUGCGACUCUUGACGAAAUUGAACUUCAUAAACGAGCGUCCAGAGCACGAGCAUGACCGACAAUGGUCUGAGAAUGGGGAGCGAUUCUUCCUGAAGAUAUUCCGAGACUAUGUUUUCCACCAAGUGGAUGCUUCGGGAGACCCAGUGGUUGAUCUAGGCCAUGUGCUAACAUGUUUGAAUAAGUUAGAUGCAGGAAGCGAUGAAAGGAUCAGCCUGGUUAGCCGUGACGAGCAAACCUGCUUUAUUGUCAGCUACAAAGAGCUGAAAAAGGCACUGGAAUCAUCAUUUCAGGCACUCUUGAAGCCUAAUAGGAGGCUUCACUAA